AACUAGUGGCAUUGAAAAAUGAUGAGGUCCCAAAAUUACAAUACACAUAGCGUGGUGGUUGUGAAUCUUCCGUUUUAACCUUCUGCUUCUCAUUUCUCUCUUACUCUUUCUUUUCUUCUCUCUACUACUCACACUGCAAGUGUUCUGCACCUUGUGCUCCAUAAAAAUGGCGUCUUUUCUCACUCUACCAGCUAUUUCCUCACGACCCAUAAUUCCCAGUGCCUUCUAUCUCAAGAGACCCGUCUUUCAAUCCCCACCCACUUUGCAUUUCAAACAAAACCGGUUUUCUGUUAGCAGCAGUUCUGCAGAAACAGGUUACAGGGCCGAUUCCAGAUCUAACACUAUAGAUGUUGUGGCUGAGAUUAAAAGCGAAAGGAUUGUAGUCUUGGGAGGGAGUGGUUUUGUUGGUUCUGCCAUAUGCAAGGCAGCAGUAUCCAAGGGCAUAGAAGUCAUAAGCCUAAGCAGAUCAGGACGUCCUACUUAUCCAGAUGCAUGGGUAGAUCAAGUUACUUGGAUUGCAGGUGAUGUUUUUUAUGUGAAUUGGGAUGAAGUAUUAGUUGGAGCAACUGCGGUUGUUUCAACACUUGGUGGGUUUGGUAGCGAAGAACAGAUGAAAAGGAUUAACGGCGAGGCUAAUGUCGUGGCUGUGAAUGCUGCAAAGGAAUAUGGAAUUCCGAAAUUCAUCUUGAUCUCAGUUCAUGAUUACAACUUACCGUCAUUCUUACUUUCAUCGGGGUACUUCACAGGAAAAAGGAAAGCGGAAUCUGAGGUUCUCUCUAAAUACCCGAGUUCAGGUAUUGUAUUGAGACCUGGAUUCAUAUAUGGGAAAAGGAGAGUGGAUGGUUUUGAGAUCCCUUUGGAUUUAGUUGGGGUACCAGCUGAGAGAAUUCUAAAAGCAACAGAGAACUUCAUCAAACCAUUAAGCUCUCUCCCUGCAUCUGAUUUGUUCUUAACCCCACCUGUUAGUGUUGAUGAUGUUGCAUUUGCAGUUAUCAAUGGUGUCUUAGACGAUGAUUUCUUUGGCAUUUUCACCAUUGACCAGAUCAAAGAAGCUGCUGAAAAAGUGAGGGCAUGAUCCAAAAUAUACAUGUUAGGGAGAGUUACAUGACAUCAAAGUUACAAAAUAACAAUAAUAAUUGUACAUUGUACAUGGAAUGCCAAAAAUGAGUCAAUGAUGGGGUUAAUUAAAAUCUAUUGAGUGGAA